AUAUUUUGAGAGAAGGCUAUUACUUCGCGUUAUUCACGAAAAUGGAAGUGCUAUUCCAAUAGACUUUGGUUAUAUUGAGGAGAUACAAAAUAUCAAUUAUUGCUAUGUCAAUUGUGCUAAAAAUCCUAUAUGCUUUUACCCAUUAUUUGAUCAAUAUAUUCUAGCAACAUACACUCAUGCAACCAACACUUCUGAUAAUACAACUUCUGUGGGUAAAGGUGUGGUUAUAGAUUGGAGCGGGAGAAACAUAAU